UGACCAGUUAAGUUUCCGUGUUUAAGGACAAAUCGUUGAGGUGUUCAAUCGAUUCCAGUGAUAUGACUCAUCCUGGUUUAUCCAUCAUCAAGUUACCAACUACAGAUCUUGUAUCAGGUAACAAUUUGACAGAAAGUGCGGGAGAAAAAGUCGCUCAGCGUGUCGUGUUAUUCCCAAAACAAAGUAACCCAGGAAGCCAACUUAUUUGGCGUGGCGCUUGUUUGCAAAGUAUUUUGAGUGAUGUGCCAAGUCAAAAUACUCAGUCCAGUGUUGUACAGCUAGGUAACAACUUUGGAGAAACCUUACAAAGAAAGAUAGUUAACAUAAACCCGUUUGAAGAUAAACCCUUAUCUUUGUCAUUGCCGUCGGUUUGGAAUCAAAAUCAACAAGAUGCUACUAGCGAUGGGAUUUGUCCCCUAAAUUCAAAAAACAAAAACUUGAAGAGACCUAGAAAUGAAUCCAAUCCUAAUAAUCCUGAAGGUAACAGUGAUUCAUCUGAAGAAAAAUCAUCUACAAAAGUCCGAGCAACCAAACCUCGCAUUCGGGCACAAACGAAACGUUCAGGGCGGCGAAAUGCUCCAAAACCUGUACAACAACCCCUUCUUCUAACCUUGCGACCUUUUCAUCCACCUGGAAACUUAUUACUUCCUGCACUUGAUCUAAUGUCUAAGUUUGAUGGUUUAGUUUCAUUUGAAAAUGACAAAUUAGUAACAAAUAAUACUUCGAGUGGUUUAUCAACUAUCAAUGAAGAAAAUAUUGAAGAGACAUCAACAACUCUAAAUGCUUCUGUAUCAACUACCGGUCGGAUGAAAAGUAGUGCAGGAAUAAAUGAUAUCGACUUUGAGGAAUUUAAGCAUUACAGACGUCUCAAUGGGUAUUCACUUUUCGUACAUGUCAAUAAGAAAAAAUAUGGAUCAUUUCCAGGCUCGACACUCGUUGAUGAUACAAAUGAUGCCAAUGAUAACAUGCAAACUGGCCUUGGUAUCUCUAGUUCAGGAAAAGAAAGCCAGAAAUCCAAUCGUAGAUGGCAGGCUUUGUGGUUAACAGUGCCAGAAAAAGUUAAACGCGAAUGGAAAAACAAGGCAAAGCGUCUUUUAAAACAAAUUGAACAGCAUGGAAAACGGGAAGUUCUAUCCGAAGAUAGAAAAUUAAGAGAACGUGAUCGUUUGGAAGUUCAACUCAGUCGCACACAAACAACAUUUUAUAGUUUGCUUGAUCUGGCCGCUCAUUUCCAGCUUUUAAGUGAUCGAUUUGCAACAUUUUCUAAAAAUGUUAAUGAUUAUGAGGGGCCAGUUGACCCUGUAGGUGUAGAGUCGUUACUACUCGAUGGCUUAUUAACAUGUUUAAUCCCAUUGAUUGCGCUAACAAGUGAAUUGGAGCCAUUCACAGAAGUUCCUGAUCGUAAAACUAUAUGUGACGCUUUAACCAAUUUAACUUUUAUCGCUCCAUUUUAAAAUACGAAAACUAAAUACAUUCAUAUAAAGUUUUGUAAAUAUAUCCAUGUUAUCCCAUUUUAAGUGUAAAAUAACUGUGUAAAUAAAAUUUGUAUCACUAUCAAGGUUUUUUGACCAUUUUGUUUCUUUAUAGUUUGUGUUUUUAGGGUUUUUUACUUGUCAAUAAAGUAGAUCUCUAAUGUUCACCUUUUUUUAUCGGUCAUUAUUUGAAGAAAACUUGAUUUGCUAGCUAAUUUUCUUUUUCUUGUUGGAUUUAAUGAAUACUGGGAUAUUGCUUGAAAACCCUGAAUCUCUAACGCCAAUAAUUAAUCUUGAGUUUUUAUGUUAGUUCGUCACCGAAAUAGAUGUAUUUUAGUCAUUCUUUUGUAAUUAUUGACCAUAUUUACAGCACUAGUUUAGUGAAAGUAUUUUUUUAUAACUCUACUGACUUAAUCCUACUUACACGUUUAACAGAUCUCAUUUGUGAUCAUUUGCGAUACAACUAAGUUCCUUAAUGCUAUUUACGUCGUGUCAGUUUCACAUUUGCGACUUAAAGGUUGGAAGCCUUGCGGCACUGAACAAUCAUAUAAUAUGAUGUAAAAAUGAGCGGUAAAUAGAAAUUGAAAAUUUUAUGGAUUUCAAUCUGUUGUUCGGAACGUGCACAACAGAACUCUUCAUCCGUAUUCUUGAUAUGUGUGUGACAAUAUUUGCCUGACGGUUCUCGAUGUAUGUUGCUUUUCUGGCAUGAGGAAAUGUUUAUCAAGCACUUGUUUCAAUUAUUGAUUGGUCGCUUGUACAGAUCUUGAAGCCUAUUGUGUUUAGUUAUCAUGAAUUCAAUUGUAGCUUGUUAGAUUACCUAGUGGAGUUUUGAUUUUGUGCUAUUUGUGAAGCGGAAUUUAGCUAAACAUAGAUGGUCAAAUAAUCAAUAACUAACUCAACUUAGUAAAUACUUGGUCGCAUACUUGACUUUGAGCUAAAACGUUUUAUUUGUUUGUUACAGAUAAUUUCUAGCUCCUCAAAAUACAAUCUGUGAGGUUUUGGUUUGAAUUUACAAAAAUAAUUGCCAGAAUCUCAGUAUUCUGACUGGUUAUUUGGUAAAACCGACGUAAGCUUUUGUCAGUAUUAGCUUUCUAUGGAGUUAACCUAACUAAACGUUGAACUUUAUGAAAUCCAUGUACUCGAUCAGUCAUCUCUAAGAAUUUUAUACUUGUAACCAACCAAAGCUUCCAAAUAAAUUCCC